UUUUCAGUUCCUUCCACAUUAGUCCUUCUUCAGUCCGAGGAAGCCGGUCUUCUCUUUGGUUUUUGUCAACCUUGGCAACCUCAUCCAUGUCAUUCAGGUAUAUAUUCCCAACCCUCACCAUUACUCAUUCCCCCCCUCCUCAUUCCUUCCCCUUCUUUCCUCAAUAAUAUAUCUGCAAAGCUACUUUUCUUUCUUUAUCUUUCUCUCUCCCUUCAUCCAUCUCCUCCCUCCAACAAGAACUAUAGCAAGAAGGCACUUAUUUUUGAUGGAGAGGGGAGAUAGUUGUGAUACAGACCUUUCUCUUGGCCUGGGCUUGCCGACUAUUAUCCGCCAACAGCAACUGAACCCCCCGCCACCGCCGCUAGAGCCAUCCCUGACUCUUAGCCUCUCCGAAGAAAUCUAUGGCUCGACGACAACGCCGAAGGAGGCCAGACUAUCUUCUCCCCAUAGCACAAUCUCUUCUUUCUCAACCUCUAAUAUCAAGAAGGAGAAACUUGAUGUUGGUGGUGAGGAGACAGAGGUUGAGAGAGGCUCUUCUUCACGAGCAAGGGAAAGGGAAAGGGAAAGGGAAAGGGAAGAGGAAGAUGAAGCUUCAGCCGCCGCCAGAAAGAAGCUGAGGCUCACCAAGGAACAGUCUGCCCUUUUAGAGGACAGGUUCAAGGAGCAUAGUACUCUUAAUCCUAAACAGAAGCAAACGUUGGCCAAGCAACUGAAUCUAAGAGCAAGGCAGAUUGAAGUUUGGUUCCAGAACAGAAGAGCAAGGACCAAAUUAAAGCAGACAGAGGUGGACUGCGAGUUCCUGAGAAGGUGUUGUGAAACCCUAACUGAAGAGAACAGAAGGCUACUGAAGGAGCUUCAGGAGCUAAAGGCUAUCAAGUUCUCAACCCCUCCACCACCUCUCUUCAUGCAGCUUCCGGCCGCCACUCUCAUGGUUUGCCCGUCAUGCGAGAGGGUCACCGGAGCCGGUGUUGGAGUGGCCAACAAAGCCGCAGAUGGCAACGACAUCAGCAGGGGCACAUUCAUGACGUCGCAGCAACAUUUGUUCAAUCCUUUUGCUCACUCUACUACUUGUUAGCUUUAAUCGACAUGAACUGAAGAUACAGACAACCCACCAGUGUGUUUGUUGAUGGUGUUUAUAGCUACUAAGUAUUUGGAGAUGAAUUAUUAGCUUAGAAGAAGGAAAUCAAGGCAAGGCAAAUAUGAUAGCCUUGCACUUCUGUUGUAUGAAUUGAGGAACAGUAUUUAGUGUUAGUUUUUCCAGCUUAUAAGUCCUAGUCAGGAUCUGUUAUGUAUUAAUCAAUUCGAUCUGUACCGUGUAAGAAAACUUGUAGCUCUCAAUCAUUACUUACGCAGAUGGUUGCUUGUAACUAAUGUACAGAAAACAAGAACAAUAUUGCUGCUUAGUUGUUGUUGAUACAGUGACAGUUGAUUAAAUUCUCCUUAUGAACUGAACAAA